GAAACUUUUUCGGCACUCGAAACGACUCUAUGGCCGGCAUUCAGAAUCGUUGCUGAUUCUUAAGAUCGUCUUAAGCAUUUGCUAUCCCUGUCUAUCCCAUAUUUCCAAUCCCUGUUUUGUACAGGAAACAGGAUCUUAAAUAUAAGUAACGACUCUGAAUACCGGCCUGUAUACAUGUUCUCCUGCAUAUGCAUUUAACACUAUUUCUACCAAGCGGUGUCAAAAGACAACGUUUGAAAUUACCGCAUAAAAUUAUUGUCAUUAGUUCAAUCGUUUUUCCUUGAUUUAAUUAAUUAAUUUAACAACCAGUUUAACCGUAAUUAGUUUAACAACCAGUAUAGAAAAAGUCAAAAAUUUAAUUGAGGAAAAAGUAUUUAAUUAAUAAUAAUAAUUUUAAGCAAAAAUUUGAUACCAGGAGAAAUAGUGUUGAACAAUUUACGCUUCUUCAAAAAUACGUCAGCUGCAACCUUUUAUUCCUGUUUACAUUCUGCAAAAAGUUUGUCGUUCGUGACAGUCGAAAUGUUUGUGAUCGUCCUGCGAGAGCGUGAACUCGCAUAAUGGCUUUGGUGGUGGAAUAUAUACCGGUUUUGGAAGAUCCAGAUAAAAGGUGAAGGGUUAAAGGGUGUUCGUGAUAGUCCAUAACGAGGAAAUGAGUCGACGGGUACAGCUUGCGAAAAAUUAUAGGACGACAGCCAUCUCAAACGAUGAACGAAGCUGCCGUUAGUAGCGAAGGUGCGCGACUGGUCGGACCACCGAACAGCCGAUACUCGGCAGACUCGGGAAUCAACGAUCGCUUCCUGCGAAAUCUCGAUCAGAUAGGAGGCGGCAACCUGUUGCGAAGAGAGAUACCUAAAUGGAGCAGCGGGAACCUCGAUCAGAUCGGUGGCGGGAAUUUACUGCGCGAGGUACCGCGAGAACAUGGAUCGGACCGUGGCGAACGGAACUUGGACCAGAUCGGAGGCGGAAACCUGAUUCGUAGCUUGAUCGACCUCCGCAGGAACUUGGAUCAGAUCGGGGGUGGAAACUUGGUGCGCAGCUUCGGUGGUUCUCUGACUCGGGAAAUGGAACCGUCGGCCGAGAAGCGCAACGAUUGACGAAGAGAAUUCGUAGAGACGCGUAGGGAAUGUAUUUGGUGUAGCUCGUAGAUCGUUCGUAUUUUUAAUAAAGACUAGCGUACAGACUUAUUACACCAGAAUACUUUCUUCCGUUCACCCUCUAUCCUUCCGUCUCAUCAUUUCCAAGUUCUUGUUAAACCGUGAGCGUUCGUCUGUCUCGU